UGUUAAUUUUGAUUGCUGCGGUACAACUGUUACAUUGACAAUUUGUGUUGUGUUUGGUUUCGGUGAACAUUCACAAUGUCUGAGCUCCGCGUCGCUGAAAUAUCUGAAGAUACUGCAGAUAACCUAAAAAAAUUCAAAUUUCGAAAAUCCCAGAACACUUAUCAUGUUGUAGUGAAAAUUGAAAAAGAAGCUUUGACAAUCGAACCAGAACAAAUACUUGAAGAUAUUACACUUAACAAUCUCAAAGAUUCUUUACCGUACCAUCAACCAAGAUAUAUUCUUUUAAGUUACCGUUAUGAAAAGGAGGAUGGUCGGGUAACAUUUCCAUACUGUCUAUUAUUUUCAACUCCAAUGGGUUCUGCUACAAACCUGAAGAUGAUGUAUACCACAAGUCUUACAAAUCUGAUGCAUAAAAGCGGAGUUACGAAGGUUUUUGAGCUCAGAGAUCUGGAAGAACUUUCGGAUGAAUGGUUACAAGAAAACCUGGAUCGCACAACUUGAGUUAAUAAAUUGACCUUCAUUGGUUGCUCAGAUCCAAUUUUGUUAAUUUUUUUACAUAAAUUGAAAUCCAUGUUAUA